CGCUCUCUCUCGCCAACCUUAUAGCAUCCACUCCCUUGUCUUGUCUGCGUUUGUGAGCCUUUGCAGAGAGAGAGAGAUGGAAUCAAUCGGAGUCCUUAUGAUGUGCCCCAUGAACUCCUACCUCGAGAACGAGCUUCAGAAGCGCUAUAACCUUCACCGCUUCUGGACUUGUCCGGAGAAAUCCGUUUUCUUAGAAACUCAUCGGAGCUCCAUCCGCGCCAUCGUCGGAAACGCUUCUGUAGGCGCUGACGCUAAGCUCAUCGAUGAUCUCCCCAAGCUUGAGAUCAUCUCCAGCUUCAGCGUGGGCGUCGACAAGAUCGAUUUGGGGAAAUGCAAGGAGAAAGGGAUCCGAGUCACCAACACUCCCGACGUUCUGACGGAAGACGUGGCGGAUCUGGCGAUUGGGCUUAUCCUGGCUCUGCUCCGACGCUUGUGUGAGUGCGAUCGAUAUGUGAGGAGCGGCAAGUGGAAGUACGGUGAUUUCCAACUUACUACUAAGUUUAGUGGAAAGUCAGUGGGCAUCAUCGGUCUCGGUAGAAUUGGGGCUGCCAUCGCAAAGAGGGCUCAGGGCUUCAACUGCCCGAUCAAUUACUACUCGAGAACAGAGAAGCCUGAUGUAGGCUACAAGUAUUAUCCAACCGUGGUUGAGCUUGCUCAAAACUCUGACAUCCUCGUGGUGGCAUGCGCACUGACUGACGAGACCAGACACAUUGUGAACCGGGAGGUGAUGGAUGCGUUGGGUGCAAAGGGUGUGCUGAUUAACAUAGGGCGUGGGCCACAUAUUGAUGAGAAAGAGAUGGUGAAAGCUCUAACAGAAGGGCGCCUAGGUGGGGCUGGGCUGGAUGUGUUUGAACAGGAGCCGCACGUGCCCGAGGAGCUCUUUGGACUUGAAAAUGUGGUUCUGCUUCCUCACGUUGCGAGUGCCACUGUGGAGACACGGACUGCAAUGGCAGAUCUUGUAAUGGGUAACUUGGAUGCGCACUUUGCUGGGAAACCACUUCUGACUCGAGUGGUCUGAGUGAUGUCUUGUCCUUUUUAAUUUUCUUAUGAUGUUGAUAAACUAAUACUGGAAAGGUUCAUUUCUCUUCCAAAUAAAGUUGCAUUGUCGUAUGUGUGUGUAUAUGGUAUGGAUUUAAAACCACUAUAAGAACACUAAUUAAAGUUGAAUACA